UAAGAUAGAUAACUUUAGUCCAAAUUUAAAGUGAGCCAAUCUCAAAGGGGUAUUUGAGGUAUAAGUACGAGGAUCGAAGAAGUUGAAGGAGCACUACGGGGAUUUUUCUACAUAGCCGCUAGCAAACGAUCUAAUAGGUUAAGAUAAAUAAAUAGGAGAACUAUGAAUCUCCAAAGAAAGAGCUACAAUGACUAGAUGUCAGUAGCUACAAUGGUGGGAGGAUUUCAGGGUCCUUGACCCUAAGUAGUGGCGAGGAGGAAACGAGUCAAGAAACCAAGAGGUACCACGAGAAGUCCCGCAACUAGUUUUAGUCGUCGAUGGCUCGAUGUUAUUACAAAACAGUGACAAGUUUAGAAUUUAAGAAAAGCUAGGGUAGUAUAAAUGAAUCAAAAGAGGAAAUAAGUAGGUUACAUGGGGUAUGAAAGGGCGUCAAGAAGUCAAAAGGUCAAGGCGGAGAGGAGUCAUGGUCAUUUACAUAAUGACGAUAAAGGAACCCUUGUAGAUAAACUACGUCAUCGAGAAGAGGGUACAUGACCCUGGGGAAUUAGGCUGGUAGCAAGCCUUUAAAAGGAACAAGACAAGAGUCAAGAUGAUCGAGGUAGAGGACGAUCUUGGAUCAAGAAUAACAAUGUGCGAGUGAAAAAUGUUGAGUAAGAAAGAGGAUGGAUUGGAAUAUGAGAGACUCUACAAACUACCCAGAUCAUGAAAGGUCCGGAGGUCGUUGGGACCAUUGAAAGGGGAAUGCAAGAGUUCGUGAUGAUCUUUUAUGGGAUUUUCCUAUCCUAAAUGGAGGGAGCACCUAGCCAGCUAGGGUACAUGAGGAGUGACAGAAGGAGGAACCUCUGCAAUAAGUUGGAACUAGAGGGUUAAGAGCUGGAGUCUCGGAACCAGCUGCAGGAGUAAGUCAUUCAACCAACCGGGUAUAAACAAGGAAGUAGAACGUUUAUUGGAAGUUACAAUAGAUGUUAGAGAAUUCGAGGAGAAGUCUCAACGGUCGUAAUAAAGAGAUUUUGCGUACAAUACUAGGAAAGAGCAAGAAGACUAGAGGAAGUUUGACGAGAUUUCAAUAAGUCAAUUGGACAAGUCUCGGGUGGGAUUUGCAAGUUUCUUUGUGCGAAUUUAUCGUUAAAAUUGAUUAAUGAUUGGCAAGCAAUCUAGAAGUGGUACUGGACUUUGGGAAGCCGUAAUCCCAUAACUGUGAAGUGGCAUUAGAGAUGUCGUAGAGUGUAGGAAGUCAAGGAAGGAUAUGGAAGUUCUUGAUAAAGGAGUGGGAAUAUGUGUAAGUGACUAGAGUUCAAGGAGUGUGCGUGGAGGAAAAUAGUUAGGAAAUGUCGAACCAGGAAUACAGAAGACUACCAGGAAGCAUUAGGUUGACUACCAACGGAGAACGAGUUAUCCAUAGGAAGUCCAUCAAGAAAUUUCGGCCAAUUUUAAGGUGCAAUCAAGGUCGUCAAAAAUAGUGGAAGGGUAAACCUUAUAGGCCAAAGUACAUAAGUGAGAAGAGGAUAUAGGAACCUAGAGGACUAUGUUGCGAACAAGGGACAUCUAAACCGAGAAAGGAACAUCAAGAAGAAGAGUCACGAGUAACGAAGUAAGAGGGCUAUAAGUUUAGGGAACCUGAUAGAAUACCACAAAGUGAAACCAAGAUCGCCUAUGCUGGUGAAAUGUGUCAAUCUCUCAAGUAAGACUCUAUUGGACGGGGAAAUCGUAAGAGGAAUUUUAGCUAGGGUCUAAGAGUAGCAUAAUGGAUAGUACGAGAGUUUCAAAUUCAGGCGGCGAUAAGGAAGUGCUAAGUUAGGCGCCAAGAGUGAACUAGUAAGCCAAAGGAAAGGUCAUGACUCUUGAAGGGAGUUAUAAAGUUGUUAGCAAGCUAGAGAAAGAUGCAAAUGAUGCCUUUAAGGCAUAUAGAAAGUAAGAGUAGUAGUGUGAGGUUUCAGGGUUAAACAAGAAGUAUUGAGGAGAUGACCAUUUAGUUGAUGUCUAAAGGGAGAGACGAAGAAUCUUGGAAGAAAGUAAGAGAUUCAAAGUUAGAAGGUACAAGGACCUAGGUGAUCUACGUGGUCAACCACAAAUGAGCUUAAGUUAAAAGAGUUUUACGAUAUAACAAGAUGGAGGUUAAGCCGCUAUUAGUAACCUUAGGGUUGAAAGGGGUAUUAAGAACACCAAUAGGGAUAUGUAAGGGAUUUUCUCAUGCUAAAGGCACCAUAUAUGGUGAAUCAGGCAUCAAGAGUGCGUAUGAAGUGGAAUUAUCAAAGAGGAGAAUAACGACGCCUAUAAAGGGAGAAGAAGUGAUACCUAGGAACCAUCAUCGGAGUUAAUCAUUAAGUAGGUCAAAAAUUCUAUACCAAGGAGAGUCGUCAACAGUCAAGAUAGGGAGGAUGAAGUUCAAGGCCUGGGCCUGUUAUGAGCUGGAGUUACGACGAGUCAUGACUUGAAUAGGGCUGGCUAAUAAUUUAUUUCCAUUAAGUUCUUAAGGAAUCCUAAGUAGAGACCCAAGUCAAAUAGUUGAGAACAAUAUGACCUACGUACAACAUCAGAGGCAUUUAAGAAGGGAGAGUGCCAUAGUGCCAUAGACGCAUUAAGCAAGUAACUAGCUUGAGCAAGAGAUUUAUGAAAAGUGGGUGAUUAGUUGGCCAAGAACCACACGAAUUGGAGGAAAGGGUUCAUAGCUCAAGGUCAUAACGGGUAAAGGAAGUAUACAUCCCAGUAGUAGAAGGAUUUCCACAAGUGAAACCUUAGGUUGUCGCGAUGAACAAAUUUGAGGUUAAAAUUUUUCUUAAGGAGGGGGGAAAUGUGAUAUCUCAGUCGAGGCAAGCACUAUCAAAUGCAAGGUGUCUAGCACAGUCUAAAUUUCAAGUACAAAAUUUUAUAAGGGUGGAGGAAAUGUUACACCCUGAUCUUGCCAAAAGUCAAAAUGACUAUCAUACCCUCGGGGAAAUUUGUCAAAUUUCAUCAUAAUAUCGAUGAGGACUAAAAAUGCGAACUCUCAGUUCAACGAAAUAAAUCGAGUAAGCUACGGGCGAUAGUUGAGUUUCGGGUUAAACUCACCCGUGAUUUACGAAAUGCCAAAAAUACCCCUCUGAGCUAAUUAAAAGUUAUGCCAAACCUAAUCCGAUUUGCCACUCGGCCUCAUGAGCGCCGAAGCGUCCGCCCAAACUCUUCCUCCCCGUCCCCACGUAACCGUUCGCUCGGAUUAUCUCUUCCACUACGGCACCUGUGUGCUUAAGCAAGCAGUAGGGCAGGUCGAGAGGGAAUUCGGAUGGGGGACGAGUGUGGUGAACGAGUGUGGUGGACGGUCAUCUCGUUCCCCGCCUCGCCGGACUCAUCACGGAGCCUCGAUUAAUCUCUCGACACUCCUCUCUACUAUGACAGCUGCCUGCUUAAGCAAGCAGGAAGCGGGACAAGGAGGCGAUUGAGUAGCGGGUCAGGGAGGUCGAGAUGGGCGACCAUUAUUGCUUUUCACACCUGUUUAGGAGGGGCGCAACACGGAUUCGAUUGAGCGAGCGGAUAGUGGGAGAGGAUCAAUUUGGAUUCGAGCAGGGCCAAAUAAAAAACGUGUCCCCUCUCUAUAUAUUCCACCGAGAAAUCACAAUUGUUACCUGCAACCACACCUGGGAAGUAGCGGCGGCCAGUACGGGGAACUAGAAAAUGAAGGCGAAUGGUUUUGGGUAGGUUACCUACACUACCCGCAUUUAGUUAGUUCGUAGAGGAAUAACAAGGGAAAUGGUUAAGUGAAUAUGUACAUAUGUGGGAGGUGCUUUAACAUGGCUUGGGCAAUUUGUUGUGGUUGAUUUUUGACGACUGAGACGAAUGGAGUUGAUGGGGUAGCAACGUCGAUUAAAUGCUAAGUUGUUCCAUGACACCUUUUGAAUACCUAGUUCAUGAAGCUGAUGAAUUUUAACUAUAUAGUCAGGUGAAUGUAAAUGGGGUAAAUUCUACGCCUUGCGUAUUCUUUCAAGUAUUAGAGUUUUCAGUAUUUUUGUGAAUUGUUGCUAUGGUUGUUUAUGCUCAUGAUUGAUGAUAUGUGCUUGUUUGAGUUGUGGUUUAUAGUGAAUGUGUGAUGUUUGCUUUAAAGCUUUACGUUUAUGAGGGAUUGUUAAAGUUAAGAACAAGUCCUUUUGUUUUAUGAAGUACUUCACCUUCAAGAAGGUGAAGUCGUUUUAAGUGUUUUUAGUCGCUAGCGCCAGUCCGUUGCCAUUUAAGAGUUUCAAAUAGAGCAGCAGUUAUUCUCUUGAGAUCUUUGAUACAUAGCAGCAGUUAUGCUCUUGAAAUUUUUAAGAUGAGCAGUAGUUAUGCUCUUGAGAAUAGUGGAAGAAGAGCCUUCGACGAUAAGUUUAAGUUUAAGGAAAGCCUUGAUGGCUUCUCAUACGUAUGAGUUGGCAACCAUACUAGCUAGUGAGGGAUCCCCAUGUCAGUCAAGUAUUUAAGUCGAGUUUUGCGCUUUAAGAAUGGAUAGUAACAGUAACUCCCAUACAGUUUUAAGAGUUAGGAAUUUUAAGAGUGGAAGUACGAACAACUCCCACUAGUUUAAGUUAUGUAUAUGAAGUAAAAUACUCAAGUACUAGAUUUUUAAAACGUAAGGGCGUAGAAUGACCCCAUCUCACUCACCAGUUUGAAGAGCUAGAGGAGCAGUUUGUGAGCAGCGAAUUAGGGCAGCCAGCUAGAGGAGAGCAGUAUAAGCGUAGCGGAGGAUGCUUAGUCAAGGUUUUCAGUAGCACCAACAUUAGAGAUUAUUAGUUAUUUACAUUUAUGGUUAUGAGUAUAGACUGAAGAUCAUUUUGAGAUUUUAAGUAUUGAGUUUGCCCAUGUGUUAGGGCGUUGCUUUGAACUACAAGUGUGUGUUUUCAGUAUUUUAUUUAGUAAAAUUUCUCCCGUUGCAAUUUAAUAUUUGAGUAUUUUAUUUAUCAAGGAAAUUUUAGUAAAAGUAGUACCCGUCC